GUCGCCAUGGCAGCGAGGGGGCGGGAGCGCGCGGUCCGCGGAGGCUUAGAGCAAAGCCGCGGGCGGGGGGCUGGAGAGACAGGUUUGUGCGUUGCAUGCGUUCUGCAGGCGGAGGCCCGCGCGCCGAGACCCGGCUAGAAUCUGCUAAGAGUCAGUUUUUAGUGAAACAGCAUUGAGCUACGAGCCAAGACCCACUUCUUCACUAAUUUGAUCUUGUGCAAGUCAUCUUACCUCUCUGGAUCUCAGUUGUCUCAUCUGUAAAAAGGAGAUAAAAAUUCUUUACCUUUCUGAAGGGGAGGUUUGUGAAUAAAAGAGCAGAGGGAGGCAGUAGCGUGCAUCAGAAUCACCUACUACAAGACUUGUUAAAAUGGAUCGUGCCCCCGCAUCCCCACCCUGCUCAAAGCGUCUCUGAUUUAGAAAGUCUGGAGUAAGCUUUGAGAGUCUGCAUUUCUUCAAAUUACCAGAUGAGGUGGAGGACCAUCCUACUACGAUAUUAUUUUUUCUUGGUUACUUGUCUACUUACUGCUCUUGAAGCCGUGCCUAUAGACAUAGACAAGACAAAAGUAAAACAUACUCAACCUGUGGAGAGCGCAAAGAUAGAAGCACCUGAUACUGGACUUUAUUAUGAUGAAUAUCUCAAGCAAGUGAUUGAUGUGCUGGAAACAGAUAAUCAUUUCAGAGAAAAGCUCCAGAAAGCAGAUAUAGAGGAAAUAAAGAGUGGGAGGCUAAGCAAAGAGCUGGACUUAGUAAGUCACCAUGUGAGAACAAAACUUGAUGAACUAAAAAGGCAAGAAGUAGCAAGGUUAAGAAUGCUAAUUAAAGCUAAAUUGGAUUCCCAUCAAGAUACAGGAAUAGACCACCAUGCUCUUCUAAAACAAUUUGAUCACCUAAACCACCUAAAUCCUGAAAAGUUUGAAUCUACAGAUUUGGAUAUGUUAAUCAAAGCGGCUACAAGUGAUCUGGAACACUAUGAUAAAACUCGACAUGAAGAAUUUAAAAAAUAUGAAAUGAUGAAGGAACAUGAAAGGAGAGAAUAUUUAAAAACACUGAAUGAAGAAAAGAGAAAAGAAGAAGAAUCUAAAUUUGAAGAAAUGAAGAAAAAGCAUGAAAAUCAUCCCAAAGUUAAUCAUCCAGGAAGCAAAGAUCAACUAAAAGAGGUAUGGGAAGAGACUGAUGGAUUGGAUCCUAAUGACUUUGACCCCAAGACAUUUUUCAAACUACAUGAUGUCAAUAGUGAUGGCUUCCUAGAUGAACAAGAAUUAGAAGCCUUAUUUACUAAAGAGUUGGAGAAAGUAUAUGACCCAAAAAAUGAAGAGGAUGAUAUGGUAGAAAUGGAGGAAGAAAGGCUUAGAAUGAGAGAACAUGUAAUGAAUGAGGUUGAUGCUAACAAAGACCGAUUGGUGACUCUGGAAGAGUUUUUGAAAGCUACGGAAAAAAAGGAAUUCUUGGAGCCAGAUGGCUGGGAGACCUUGGAUCAGCAACAGUUCUUCACAGAGGAAGAACUUAAAGCCUAUGAAAAUCUUAUCUCCUUACAAGAAAAUGAACUUAAGAAAAAGGCAGAUGAACUUCAGAAACAAAAAGAAGAGCUACAACGUCAGCAUGACCAACUUGAAGCUCAGAAGCUGGAAUAUCAUCAGGUGGCUGUACAGCAGAUGGAACAAAAAAAAUUACAACAAGAAAUUCCUCCCUCAGGGCCUGGCGGAGAAUUGAAGUUCCAGCCACACGUUUAAAGACCGAAGUCCCCCAGAACUUGGAAGAAAGUUAUUAAAUCAAUAUCUGUUUCUUCUUUUUACCUCCCUUCCUUUUUCUCUGCUCAAUAAAUAUUUUAAAGCAUAUAUGGAAUAAAGGAAGAUACUUUUCAAAUGAGAA